AUGUCUUCAGCUAAGAAGCAGCUCAUAAUCAAUGCGUUUGCUAUGCAUUCGCCCAGUCAUCUCAACCCAGGACUGUUCCGAUACCCAAUAGACCAAGGUGCAGACUACAAAGACAUCAAACACUGGAUUGCGCUCGCAAAAAAGCUUGAGGAUGCCAAAUUCCACGCCAUCUUUUUCGCCGAUGUCCUGGGAGGCUACGAUGUUUACAGAGGUCCCGCCAAUCUAGACCCGACUAUUCCAGCCGGCGCCCAAUUCCCCAUCAACGACCCUCUCUACAGCGUCCCGGCCAUGGCAGCCGCUACGGAAAGCAUUGGCUUCGGUGUAACCGCCUCAACAACCUACGACUCCCCCUACGCCCUGGCAAGACGCUUCUCAACCGUCGAUCACCUCAGCAGCGGGCGUAUCGGCUGGAACAUCGUUACCUCAUACCUUGACUCCGCGGCUCGCAACUUCGGUCUCGAUACCCAAGUCGAGCAUGAUGAGCGCUAUCGCAUCGCAGACGAGUACCUUGACGUCACUUACAAGUUGUGGGAGGCAUCUUGGAGAGACGACGCCGUCACUUGGAGACAAGGCAUCCAGAGCAAGACACAGGGAUACGCGGAUCCAAAGGCUGUCCGCCAGAUUAAUCACAAGGGCAAAUACUUCCAAGUGCCGGGUCCUCAUCUCUGCGAGCCAAGUCCCCAGCGGACGCCGUUCAUCUUACAGGCUGGCACAUCAACCGCCGGCAAGGCCUUUGCAGCCAAGCACGCCGAGGCUGUCUUCCUGCAUGCGCAGAAGCCCGAGCUUGUCAGACCUUCCGUCGACAGUAUCAGGCAGCAGGCGGCGGAGAUUGGCCGCGAUCCGCAAGAAAUCAAGAUUAUUGCGGGUGCGCUGGUCAUCGUCGGUGAGACGGACGAGGCGGCGCAGGCCAAGUUCGAUGAGCUGAAGACGUACGGCGAUCGGGAAGGGGCACUUGCUCUCUUCGGUGGCUGGACUGGAUACGAUCUGUCGACUUACUCUGACGAUCAGGACUUCCGCUUUGUGGAACAGCCUGCUGUUCGGAGUAUGGUGAACCACUGGGCGAGUACGGUUCCUGGAACUGAGGGCCAGAAAUGGGACAAGAGGACCAUUGCUGAGUACUUGACUCUUGGUGGUAACGGAGUGAAGAUCAUUGGUAGUGUACAGACCGUUGCUGAUGAAUUGGAGCGAUGGGUUAGCGUUGGUGAUGUUGAUGGGUUCAACUUCAGCUAUGCUAGUCUGCCGGAUACCUUUGACGAUGUCAUCCGUCUGUUGCUGCCGGAAUUGCAGCGCCGUGGAAUCUUCUGGUCGGACUAUGCUGUCAAGGGUGGAACUUUCCGCGAGAACAUGUACGGGAAGAAGGGUCAGAACAGGCUCCCUGAGGCGCAUCCUGGUGCCAAGUUCUUCUGGAAAGCGGGCGAAGAGGUGCCUCCUUAUGCAUUAGCAGAGUCAAAGUAG